AUGGGGCUAAGAGUUGCCAGCCUUUUAAUGCUCUGGCUGGCUCUCUCCUAUGCAUAUGAAAUAAGAAAAGGAAGGACAAGAAACCAUGGCCACUAUGUCUGCAGCACUUGGGGAAACAACCAUUUCAAAACUUUUGAUGGAGACAUCUAUCAAUUCCCUGGCGUUUGCGAGUAUAAUUUUGCUUCAGACUGCCGGGAGUCUUACAAGGAGUUCUCUGUCCACAUUCAGCGUGCUCUGGACAGCAAUAACCAUCCUAAGAUCCAGUACAUUCUGAUAACAAUCAAGGACUUGGCUGUGUAUCUUAGACCAAAACUGGCUGUGGUGGAUGGGCGGGUUGUGAGGACGCCUUACUACAGCUCUGGAAUGCUCAUUGAGAUCAAUGACAUUUACACCAAGGUUUAUGCCAAAUUAGGCCUCAUUCUGAUAUGGAAUCAGGAAGAUGCACUGAUGGUGGAGCUGGACAGCAAAUUUAAUAACCAUACAUGUGGUCUCUGUGGGGAUUACAAUGGAAUUCCAAUCUACAAUGAGUUUAUCAAUGGAGAUACAAGCUACAAUUCAAUUACGUAUGGGAAUUUACAGAAGAUCAACAAACCCAAUGCCAAAUGUGAAGAUCCUGAUGAAACUCAGGCUAUUCCAAGCUGUAAUAGGCAUCGUGAUGAGUGUGAGAGGUUGCUGACUUCCUUUGCAUUUGCUGAUUGUUGGUUACGUCUUAAUCUGGAAAUGUACAUCCAAGCCUGCAUGCAGGACAAGUGUGCAUGUGAUGGAAAUGAAGAUUCCUUCUGCCUCUGUAGCACCAUCUCUGAGUAUUCUCGACAGUGUUCACAUGCGGGUGGCCGGCCGGGUGAAUGGAGGACGCAGUACUUUUGCCCCAAGACCUGUCCUGAUACCAUGGUCUAUAGAGAAAGCAGCUCACCCUGCAUGGAUACUUGCUCACAAUUGGAGACCAGCAGCCUUUGUGAGGAACACUACAUGGAUGGUUGUUUCUGCCCUGAAGGAACUGUGUAUGAUGACAUUAUGGAAAAAGGCUGCAUACCUGCUAGCCAGUGCCACUGCAAACUCCAUGGAAAGAAGUAUUCACCUGGGGAAAGCAUCACCAAUGAAUGUGAAGAAUGCACCUGUAGUUCAGGCAGAUGGACGUGCAAAGAUUUACCCUGUCCAGGCAGAUGUUCAGUGGUAGGAGGUUCCCAUAUUACCACCUUUGAUGGGAAGAAAUACACCUUCCAUGGGAACUGUUACUAUGUGUUGGCCAAGGGUACUGUAAAUGACAGUCAUGCUCUCCUGGCAGAGCUGGCUCCCUGUGGCUCCACAGACAGGCAGACCUGUUUGAAGACUGUUGUGCUGUUAGUAGAUCACAAAAAAAAUGUGGUGGUUUUCAGAUCAGAUGGCAGUGUGUUACUGAAUGAGAUGACAGUGAAUGUGCCUCAUGUGUCAGCCAGCUUCUCAGUAUUCAAGCCAUCUUCCUACUACCUUGUUGUACAAACUUCUUUUGGGCUCCAUCUGCAGAUCCAGUUGCUUCCAGUCAUGCAGCUUUUUAUGAUAGUGGAUCAAUCUGUUCAAGGAAAACUUCAAGGUCUUUGUGGAAAUUUUAAUGGAAUGGAAGGUGAUGACUUUAGAACAACCAGUGGGCUGGUAGAAGCUACAGGAUCUGCCUUUGCUAACACAUGGAAAGCUCAGUCCACCUGUCCAGACCAGGUAGAAAAGCUGGAAGACCCCUGCAGUCUCAGCAUUGAAAGUGCGAAUUAUGCUGAGCAUUGGUGUUCUCUCUUGACAAACUCAAAGGGUCCUUUUGCAAGAUGUCACUCCACCAUUGAUCCUUCAGAAUACUAUAAGAAAUGUAAAUAUGACACCUGCCUCUGCGAAGACAAUGAAGAAUGCUUGUGUGCUGCCUUGUCCUCUUACUCAAGAGCCUGUGCUUUCAAAGGGAUCAUACUGGGAGGCUGGAGAAAAAGUGUCUGCAGUAAUGAAGUGUCUGCCUGCCCAGGAAAUCAAAUCUUCCUUUACAAUCUUACAACGUGCCAGCAAACCUGUCGAUCCCUUACUGAUGGUGAAAAGCAUUGCUUGCAAGACUUUGCUCCUAUGGAUGGCUGUGGCUGCCCAUAUAAUACGUACUUGGAUAACCAGGAUGCCUGUGUGCCCAUCUCCAAGUGCCAGUGUUAUUACAAGGGAUCAUACCUGGAACCAGGGGAAUAUGUCACAAAAGAUGGAGAACGUUGUGUUUGCCGAAAUGCAAAGGUCCAGUGUACUUCAGUGACAAUAAGAAUGAAAAGUGUAACAGAAUGUUCUUCUAACAAGACAUACUUUGACUGCAAUGCAUCCCCAGACUGGACUUCGCAAACGCCUGUACAACUCAGCUGUCAUAGUCCUCAAACUGAUUAUUACCAGGCAGAGUGUGUCUCAGGCUGUGUGUGUCCUGAAGGUCUAUUUGAUGAUGGGAAAGGGGGCUGCGUUGAGAAGAAGGACUGCCCAUGCACUCAUAACAACCAGUGGUAUUCUCCUGGACAGAAGAUAACAGUGGACUGCAACACCUGUACCUGCCAAAAAGGGGUCUGGAGCUGCACUGAAUAUGUUUGCUAUGGGACUUGCACGAUAUAUGGAAGUGGCCAUUAUAUCACCUUUGAUGAUAAAUUCUAUGACUUUGAUGGGAGGUGUGAAUAUGUGGCUACUCAGGAUUUUUGUGGUGACAAAAAUUCCAGCGGCUCGUUCAGUGUCAUCACAGAGAAUGUCCCUUGUGGAACUACUGGAGUCACCUGCUCAAAGGCUAUUAAAAUUUUUCUAGGGAAAACUGAACUGAAAUUGGAGGACAAAGAAUAUAAAGAACUUCAGAGAGAUAUUGGUGAUGAUGUGCAUUAUUGGAAUAGGACAGUAGGCCUCUACCUUGUUAUUGAGGCUAGCAAUGGAGUGAUGCUUAUCUGGGAUAAGAAGACUACUGUUUUCAUCAAGCUGACCGCUGAUUACAAAGGCAAAGUGUGUGGUCUGUGUGGCAAUUUUGAUGACAAGUCUAACAAUGACUUUACAACAAGGAGUGGGUUGCAGGAGACUAAUGCUCUGAAGUUUGGGAAUUCCUGGAAACAGUCUUCCACAUGCCCAGAUGUCACAGAAGAAAUUAAGCCCUGUGAUAUGAAACCACAUCGGAAAUCCUGGGCAGAGAAAGAAUGCUACAUCAUCCGGAGCGAUGUCUUUGGAAUUUGUCACUCCAAGGUGGACCCGAUGCCUUUCUAUGAAGCCUGUGUUCAUGACGCCUGCUCUUGUGACAGUGGUGGAGAUUGUGAGUGCUUCUGCUCUGCAGUUGCUGCAUAUGCUCACGAAUGUACCAAGGCUGAGGCCUGUGUUUUCUGGAGAACUCCUGAUAUAUGCCCGAUAUUUUGUGACUACUACAACCCUCGUAAUGAGUGUGAAUGGCACUAUGAGCCUUGUGGCAGUAAUAUCACAACGUGCAGGAUGAUUAAUAAUGUCAGCACCAACUUUUCAGUGCCGUACCUGGAAGGUUGCUACCCCAGAUGCCCUAAGGAUAAACCUAUUUAUAAUGAAGAGACAAAAGAAUGUGUGCCUGAAGAUCAAUGUUGGUGUUACAUUAAUGGAACUCAUGUUCCCCCUGGGAGUGAAAUACCCACAGAUAAGAACUGUACAAAAUGUGUCUGUGGCCCCUCAGGAUCCAUACAGUGUACACCAAUCCCAGGGUGUCCUUGUAUUAUCAAUGGAACGAGUUAUGAAGUGGGUGAAAUUGUAGGACAAAUACAGGAUGGCAGCAUAUGUAUAACAUACAUUUGUGCAGAAAAUGGAUCUGUAGUUACUGAAACUACAUAUCCUUGUCCAACACCUACUUCACCUACAACCAUUUCAACCCCCUUUCCUGUCGUUACUCUUACCACCACAGUUAUCACUACAAGCUCUUCAGUAGCUACAACACCAUGCUUUGGAUUAAUCUGUAAUUGGACUGAGUGGUUUGAUGUGAGUAAACCUGAAGAAGAUGGUGGUGACUAUGAAACCUAUGAGGCAAUAAGAAAAGAACAUGGAGACAAAAUAUGUGAAGCUCCUGAAAAUAUUGAAUGCAGGGCUAAAAAUAAUCCUGAUGUGAGCUUAGAGGAACUUGGCCAGAAAGUAGAAUGUAAUGUUACAUAUGGACUAAUCUGUAAAAAUGAGGAGCAAGAUCCAACUCUGGGGCCACUUUGCUUUAAUUAUGAAAUCAGUGUAAGCUGUUGUCAGUGGCAUGAAAUUCCUUGUGAGACUACAAGUACACCGAGUCCAGCAUCAACUACAACUUUGAUCACCACCAGCACAACAGUAUCCAGCACCACUCCAACCAGGAAACCAACAACAAUUACCACCACACCCAUACCCACCCCAACAAUCACAAGUGGAUUCACACCAACUACCACCACCACAAUAUCCCCUCCAGACUGUAGCUGCAUCUGGACAGACUGGAUUGAUGUGAGUUACCCUGACAGUUCUGACAGAAACAGUGGUGACUAUGAAACCUUUGAGAAUAUUCAGAAGAAUGACCCCUCCUGGGACUGUGCAAAAGUUGAGAAUAUUUCAUGCAGAGCAGAGAAAUUCCCUGAUAUCCCCAUUGAAAAUUUAGGCCAGGAGGUGGAAUGCAGUAUUACCACAGGACUCAUCUGUAACAAUAGAGAUCAGCACAUAGGAGGUAUAAUGCCGAUGCCGGUCUGCCUCAAUUACCAGAUCAGUGUCUGCUGCGUCCCUGACAUACCAGGGUGUACUACAGUUACCACCACGAGCACCACGACAGCCCCUCCUUCGUCCACAACGACCACAGUGUCCCUUCCACCCAUAUCGAUAACCACUCCCGUGCCAACGCCAUCAGAGCUUCCCAGUAGCACCGCCACCACCACGGUGCCCCCCAGCAGCACUUUGGAGACAACAGCGACUGUUCCUGGCACACCAGUGCCCACCCCAGCUACUGCAA